AUGGACGCGCUCCGUGACGAGCUCACACGCAUGACGGCCCCGUCUCCCGACGCGCCGAUCUACUUUGAUAUCCACGCCCUCUUUUUUGGGUGCAUUCGCCGCCUUCUUCGUGCGAACGAGCAGAGCGCGGCGCUCGCCCUCGAUGCUUUGAGCCGCCUUGCGCUGCCCCGGGCGCUCUGCGACAAGCACCGCGCGCUAGCACUACAGGUGCUUGCAGCGGCGGACGACGCCUCGUUCGCUGUCGCCUGGCGCGCGGUGCGCCGGCUUCUUCCGGACGCCGUGCCGAGCGAGACGACACCCGCAGUGCGCGCGCUGUUGCGCGCCAACCGCGUUGGGCAUGCGUGCCGCAUUGUGCAGUGGCAUGUACGUCGCUUUUGGCGCAACGGCGCGCCGCCGCCGUCGCACGCGCUGAUGCACAACGUCAUGGUCCAGAUGCGGCACUGCGCCGAGAUCCUGCCUGACGCCGCCCCACUCCUCCAGGCAUCGUAUACCGAGGCGCUCGCGCACCUCGGCACGUUGCUGCGCGAAAACUAUUUGCCUCUGCCCGGCGCACGCGAAGACGUGGCAUGGCUCAUCAAGUUGCUCUAUACCUACGAUGCGCGGUGCCUCCCGCGGCAGGAGCGUGCGUCGCGCGCGAUUCAGACGUCUCUGCCGAUUUACGUGGAGCGCUUGUCGCACGGGCGAGGGCCGCCCCUCUCGCCGUACGCAUACAAUGCGCUGGUACAGUACACGCUGCACCACGCAAAAAACCCGCGCUGGUGCCGACGUGUCUUGGAGCACAUGACUCAGGAGCGCACGCCGCCGCUCCCUCCGUCGGCCGCGAUGGUGACUAUCCUUCUCCGGCAGGCGACGCGCCAGCGCAUGGCCGCCCUCGGUGCGUAUGCGUUGGAGCUGCAUGCCGGCGACGAAAAUCCACGCGACGUCCCGCAGCCAAGCGCCGCCCGCCUCCUGCGCCACGUCGAGGAGGCGGUGGAAGAGCGCGAUACGCAUCGCCUCAUUGCGCUGCUCCAGUACAUCACCGCACUGCAGCUCAAGAGCGCCAAGCGGCCCGGUGGCGUGCGCGCGACGAGCGUCGCGCAGCGCCUCUUUCCCCGCGCGCGGCGUGCCGCCGGCGCCGAGCGCCCGGAUGCGCGGAUCGGCACCGCGGCACUGACGCUCGCCGCCAAGGCGGGCAAGUUUGGGCUUGCGCUGCGCAUCUGGCGCUGGAUGAAGCAGAGCAGCAAAGAGGUGCCCAUCUCGCUGCCCGCCGCGACCGUGCUCAUGCAGCUCUUCUGCGACGCGUCGCGGCGGCCACGCACGCUGCUUCCCCGCUGGGCCUCGCGCGGCGCCCGCCGCCCGCCACCGGAGCAGGUGCGCGUGAUGGCACUCGAAGAGUACGCGUGGCUCCUGCGCCACUGGUUCGCCAGCGACAGUGCGCCGCCUGAUGCGCGCUUCUUUCGCCCGUUGCUACGCGUCCUGCGGCGUACGGCACUCCCGCACGACCCCGCGCUCGUGCGCGUGCUGGCCGACAUGGCAGUGCUUGGCUUGGAGCCAGGCCCAUACCCUAGUACGUAG